AUGACUACUACUUGUACAACUUCUUAUCUUCCUCCUCUUGAACUCAUGAAUCACAAUCAAUCAGCUCCCAGUGUAUUCCUCUGGUUCAACAGUCAGCAACAACAACAGCAGCAGCAAGAACUGAAUUGUAACACUGGUUCAUUCAUGUCUGCUACUCCUUCAAUGGGUGGUACAAAGUCAGUGAUGCAUGGAGUUCAGUACUGGGAGGGAAGCCAUUCAAGCAACAGUAGUGCAAGCAGUGGCAUUGAGUUGCAAAGCAAUGGUUCUCUCAUUGAGAGUGGUGGCAUCUUCUCUUGGUCAGAUUUGACAUCUGACAGUGAAGCUCAAAUCCAUCUUGAUGGAGAACCAGAGGACCUCAAAUGGUCAGAGUAUCUUCAAGGCUCCUUCCCAGUUUCUGCAGCACUUCGAGGCCAUGGAGGUCAACCUCUCUUUGAUAUCAAAGCUGAAAACCAUUUGUUAGCCAUGGAUGAUGGGAUUUCUGCUUCUUGGAAUCAGAAUUAUCAGCAAGAGCAGCAAACCUCCUGUCAUCCUUAUGGUAAGCAUUUCUGGCGAUGA